GAUGAAUUCAUCUGUUGCUGAUAUUAUGGACAUGGCAAUGUUAUGUUUAUUUAGAAUAUUAGAAACUUAAUCAUAGAUACAAUUGUCUGAGCAAUCAGAACAUAAAUAUACUUCCAUAAUAGUUUUCCAAAGAUAUAUAUCAGAAAUUAAAGCUGUUUUCUUUUAUGCUUACGAUUCCUACUCUUUUAUUAUUAUUAAACAAUAACACUUUGAUAUAGACUAAUUAUCAUCCGACCUAAACAAAUACUAUGAAGCUGUUGAGGAAUUUCUUAUUAGCAUUCUUAAGUCAAAUUAAGAGGUGUGUUUGCAUUUCAAAAAUUAUGGUCCAGAUUUCUAAGAAGAAAAAGUAGAUAUUAUGUAACCUGCUCUUCGAUUGAUAGAAUUACCUUAUCUCAAAAGUAAAAUAAUUAUUUGGAUCAACAAUCAGAAAAUAGUUUAACUAAAGGAUGGUUAUUUAAUGAUUUAAUAUUCUCAGAACUAAUAAGUGCUUCUUAAAUUUCAGUAGGAUAUAAUUAAAGAUCAAGAGAUUUAUGAAGAGUUCAUUCGAAGAUAAAUAAAAUAAGUAGACGACUUUCACAAGGAAUUUAUUGAAUAAUUAGAAUUAAAGGAAUAGUAUGUAAAAAUGUAUAACAUAUAUUCUUUAAUAAAAGAUGUUACACUUAUACAUGAUAUACCAAAUUCUAUCUAUUAUUUAGCUAAAUUCCUUGUAAAUUUGCCUAAAUUUACUUGUUAAGAAACUUUGGUAAUGAUCACAAAACUCAAAUUAUACCAAAAAAAUUAAAUGUAUUUAUUAAACUAAAAAUAACCAACUAAAAAAAAUGAAGGAUAUAAAUAGUUAUUUAUAACUUAAUUGGCUCUUUUUGAAGAUGAAAAGAAUCUUCAUUUUCCAAUGAAAGGUUCUCAUUGUCAGAAGUAAAUGUAAAUUUUAUGAUAAUAGAUGUAAAGUUUGUUUAAAACAGAAUAAUCAUAAAAUUCAUAAAUCAAGUUUUAUUUGUGAAAGCUGUCACAAUUAUUAUAAUAUCAAUGUAGCAUUAUGUACAGAUAAAUGCUUUAAAUUGUUUCACCUUAAUCCUUCAUAUUAUUUAAGUAGAAAAAGAAGAAGAAGGUAAGUCAAAAUUGAAGAAUGA